CCAAAAACAAGCAGAGGAACUAUACCUGCACUGCUCUUUGGAAGGAAAGAAGAAACGGUCAUAACCAUGAAAAGCAUCUACUCCCUGGCUGGCUUCCUCCUGGUCCUCGGCUUUGUUCAGAGCAGCUGGCAGGUCCCUCUGCACGAGGCUGAAGACAACACAAGUUUUGAGGCAGACGACACAUUAGCGGAAGAGCCGAGGGAGCUGUCGGACAUGAAGAGACACUCGGAGGGGACGUUCUCAAAUGACUACAGCAAAUACCUGGAGGACAGGAAGGCACAGGACUUUGUUCGGUGGCUGAUGAACAACAAGAGGAGUGGCGUUGCAGAAAAGCGCCACGCGGACGGAACCUUCACCAGUGACGUGAGCUCCUACCUCACGGACCAGGCUAUUAAAGACUUUGUUGCCAAGCUCAAAUCUGGACAAGUCAGAAGACAAUCUGAAAAGGACAGGUGGGGUGAAGCACUCAGCAGAAGGCAUGUAGAUGGAAGCUUCACCAGUGAUGUAAACAAGGUGCUUGACUCCAUGGCCGCAAAGGAAUAUUUACUCUGGGUCAUGACCUCCAAACCCUCAGGGGAAAGUAGGAAACGACAAAUGGACCAGUGAAGACGCCCAUGGCGAGAAAACUCUCUGUGCUGCAGGCAAAGCCAUUUACAGGAGGAACAUGAAGCCAUACAGCUUUGCACGUUAUAAUGUCAAAACUAUGUUUCAAUUUGUAAGUUUUCUUUUUUACUUCAUUACUGCAUGUGAUGCAAAGAUACAAAAAAAUAUAUGUUUAUGGUGCACCAGAGAGGAGAAUUUUCUACAAAUUUAAUUUAUUGUCUAUAUUUUUAAGUUGAAAAACAUGAACACAAAAGGCAAAAUCUCAGGUAGACAAAUAGAAAGCACAUGUAGUGUCGCUGAUUUUCAUUGUAUGUCGUUGAUCCGCUCUGCAAAAUAAAGAUUUUUUUUCAUUG